CAAGGACUCAUGCGGCGCUCCAAGCAAGAGGACAGCCAACACUGUCUGUUUAAAGCCGAGUGACCUCAUCGCAAACAACGCGACGCACAUUUGACAUCUCAAUCCUUCCGGUUUGGGUUUAACAAGUCACAACCCCAACCCAACAUCACCCAACUGCACCUGCUUUCUUCACUUUCAUGCCGUUCCAACCUGUGCAAGGUCUGGCAACGACAACCCACAGCUUGCAGUCAUGAAGACGCAAGACCAAAACAAUAACCUGCCGGCACAGGCGUGCCAGGUCGACAUUCCAGAGCAACCGGACCCUGCUGUCCAGGAAACCUCGUUUGCAGCCGAUGCCUGCGACGCAUCCUCCGACCUCCAGAUUCUCGACCACGAACCCAUCCCAGACGAAGAGUGGCAUGCCCAGAAUGGACAAUCAUCUGCCCUAGAGUCCCAAUCGAACCAGCAUCAGCAUCAACAUGGCUCCUAUAGCUACGGCUCCUUCACCCACACACUGAGAUCGGGUCAUGAUGGCCAUCACAAGUCCACCGCCCGCGCCCUUGCGCCCGACCUACUUCGAGGAUUGCUAAUGGUCCUCAUGGCUCUGGAUCACAACGCCAUGGCCCUGCAAUCAUGGGACCACGCAACCGCUCCUCAGGGUGAGAACGACUCGAUCCCUGUUCACGAAUGGAAUCGCCCGAUUGCCCACAACAUUCGGGUGCUGACCCACCUCUGCGCCCCGGGCUUCACCUUCCUUCUCGGCAUGGGCAUCGUCUACUUUGGUCGGUCUCGAACCAACCUGGGCUGGUCCACAGCUCGGAUGGCCUGGCACUUCUUCACGAGAGCAGUCGUCUUGACCCUGGUCAUGAUCGUUAUGAGCCUGGGCAUCACCUUGGGAGAUACGUGGUUCCUUAACAUCGUCUUGUUUGCCUUGGCUGUCGACUACCUCCUCUCGGGAUUGAUCUGGCUUGUGGCCGCCAAGACCGAGAAGAUGCUUGCCUUCAUCAUCCUCAAGGUGCUCCCGGAGAAGAAGGAAGACGAUGCCACCGAACCGCUGCUGGCUAACCGCCGAGGGGUAGAGGACAUCGCUCCCGACCGUGCCAUCAUCCGUGCCGCCGAUAUAUCCUGGCACAUCCACAACUUGGUGCUCUCAGCCCUCGCAGUCGUGACCAUCUGGUGGAACAUCUGGCUCAGCCCAACCAACGGCCACUGCGGCGCCGAGCCCGUGCAAAAGCUCCCCGACACCAUCUGGGCUCGCAUCUGGUUCUACCAGGUCUUCGAUACCGACUGGCGCAUCAUCUCCGUCUUCCCCCCACUGGCGUGGAUCUCGUUCGCCAUCCUCGGUCUCGUCGCCGGCCGCAUCAUCCUCGCCCGCUCCUGGAGCACCAAGGCCAUCACCACGGGCAACCUCCUCGCCGGCAUCGCCUUCACCAUCGUCUUCGUCGGCACCCGCUUCCUCAACGCCGGAAACCUCUCCGAAGGCUGCCUCCACAUGCCCGAGCACGCAAAGCCCGACGCCCCCGACAACCAGUACCUCGCCUCCUGGAGGUCCUUCAUCUACCUGAUCAAGUACCCGCCCGACGUGGCCUUCUGGGCGUUCACCAUGGCGGGCAACCUCUUUCUCUUUGCUUUCUUCAGCGUCAUCCCCCCGCGUCUUGCUACUAUCGUCUUUGAUCCCCUUUUGGUGUUUGGCACAUCUGCGUUGUUUUUCUUUGUUGGUCAUUUGACGCUGCUGUUCGUGCUGGCUAGGCCCGCGACGCACUGGUUUGGACAUGUGCUUGGGCACCCGGAUUAUUGGAAGCCGGGCCAGCCGGCGGUGGGCGUGGAUAAUUUGUGGGUGUUUUUUGGGGUUUGGUUGUUGGUGUUGGCUAUAAUGUAUCCGCUUUGCAAGUGGUAUGGCGGGUUUAAGAGGAGGAGAGGGCCGGAUUCGAUUUUCAGGUUCUUUUAGGUUGGUGAAGGGGGGGAACGUAUUGGAUCCGGUGAAGGAGCAUGUAGCCAGGUUGGAUAGAGGUGGGUCUCGUAAAAAAUGUUGCAUUUAAGGUUGCCUCAAGGUUUUCGCGCCGUUUCAGUGAAGCUGACUGUGUGUUCACUGGUUCUUUUUCUUUCUUUCUCUUGUCGGUUCUGGGCGAUUCCGAUCAUGCGAUCUCAGGUCUGGACGUUUUCCCCCCUUUAAUAACCCGCUUUUCUCCUCAGCUGUCGCCUUCAUCCACCGCGACGUGGCCUACCACCCACACAAGUUGUAGGAUACUGCCCA